UUUGGAAUGUUUCAGACCGCCAUGAUAAACUCAGGGAAGCUUGCUGGAAAGACUAUUCUGGUCACGGGAGCCAGCAGAGGUAUUGGACAGGCUAUAGCCGAAAAGUGCGCCAAAGAUGGGGCAAAUAUUGUAGUCGCUGCCAAAACAGCCCAGCCCCACGCAAAGCUGCCCGGAACAAUCCAUUCAGUCGCCGAAAGGAUAAACGCAUUAGGCGGAAAGAGUUUAGCAUGUGUAGUUGAUGUUCGUGAUGAAUCCAAUGUUCAAUCGGCGGUUGAACAAGCUGUGAAAACAUUCGGUGGAAUUGACAUUCUAGUGAAUAAUGCUUCGGCUAUUAGUUUAACGGGAACUGAAAUUACUACAAUGAAGAAGUAUGAUUUGAUGCACCAAGUGAAUGUUAGAGGAACCUACAUGAUGACUCAAAAAUGUUUGCCCUACCUCAGACAAGCGAAGAACCCACACAUUUUAAAUAUUAGUCCACCGCUGAUUAUGAAAUCCAUUUGGUUCCAGAAUCAUGUGGCCUAUACUAUGUCCAAAUAUGGUAUGUCAAUGUGUGUGCUGGGAAUGGCAGAGGAGUUUAGAGAUGCAAGGAUAGCAGUUAAUGCACUGUGGCCUAAGACUGCAAUCGCAACUGCGGCUGUUGAGAUGCUAGGAGGGGAAUCCAUGGUGAAUCAAUCUAGGAAACCAGAUAUCAUGGCAGAUGCAGCAUACGUUAUUCUGGGCAAGGACUCCGGAUCAUACUCUGGUAAUUUUGCCGUAGACGAGGAAGUUUUGGUGGAUGUGGGAGUGAAAGAUUUCGACCAGUAUGCACACAAACCUGGAGCCAAACUCAUUCCAGACUUCUUUCUAGAUUCGCCAGAGGCUGAAGCGCUAGUGCACAAACAUGAGCGAAAUAUGAAGCAAGGAUCCAAAUCUCCAUCUAGCAGUGGUGACGCAUCGUCUCUCACGGAUACUCCAGAGUCAGUGAUAAAUGAAAUGCAGUCGAUGAUCAGUCCAGAAAUAGUGAAGGACGUUGGGAAGGUGUUCCUGUUCGAACUCUCUGGUGAUCAUUCAGGUACUUUUUAUCUCGACCUCAAGCAUGGUACAGCGGGCAAAGGUCAUCCGGAUGGCUCAAGUGACGUCACAAUGAAACUAAGCGGUUCAGACUUUGUGAAUAUGGUCAGAGGAAAAUUGAAUUCAACUACAGCUUUCAUGUCUGGUAAAUUGAAGAUCGAAGGCGACAUGUUUGUGGCAAUGAAGUUGGAAAAGCUGAUGAAAAAGAUUCAAAAGUCCAAGUUGUAAAUAAUUAUAGGAUUCUUUAUUACUUGGUAGAUGAUAUAAUACAAUUAAA